AUGGACGUGGGGUCCUUGAAACUUGACUCCCCCUUCACUCCAAUUCGACAGCAAUGGGAAUCCUUGAAAACAAUGUUUCCUAAGACAGAGAUGCAUGACUCAGGCCCAUCCGACCUGGAAGGGCAGAUUCGCGAGGCCCAGGCCCAACUCGCACAGCUCAAGAAGCAACGCGAGCUCAUUGAUAUCCAACAGAAAGUGGCAGAAGAAACCAGGGAUCUCGAAUUGGCUCGGAACAGACUUUCAGCUAUAACCAGUGCAGCUAGUCCUCCUCCUUCCGCGUUCAAAGAAGACCCGCGGGCGAACGCUUGGGACCGCGGAUCUCAAGGGCAGGGGCCCCAGAAGAAGCAAUGUAUUGCGCGUGAACCACCGACCGGUCCGGCAAACAUACAUCCUUCACGCCGGAUCCCUGAGCCCUCGACUCCCCGUCCCCAAGCGAAGCCCGCCCAGCCCAAACCCCCUCAGAAGACUCCUCAACCGAAACAAGCUGCUAAAAACCCCCCAGCGAAGGUUCCUGCGAAGCCUCAAGCGAAACAAGCACCCAAGCAGCCUAAAGUGGCACUUCCACAGGCCCCUAAACAAACUCCUCCCCAAGGUCCCAAGGCGGCGCCUCCACAGGCUCCUCCACAGGCUCCUCCACAGGCUCCUCCACAGGCUCCUCAACCGACACCUCCGCAGGCCCCGAAGGAGACCCAUUCCCAGCCCCCUCAGCCGGCACCCCAGCCUUCACCCCAGGGCUCUAAACACAACACCUCCUCGCUUUCCCUUCAGGAACUGCGAGCUCUCGCAGCCGCAACCCUAAGGGGCAAGGGACCGAACUCACAACCGUCGCCCACUCCCACCCCGGUAAAAGCACCCAACCCACCGACCCAGCCCGCGUCCGCCAGCAAGCCCAUCAACCAACCCCCAGUGCCCAAUGUAGCCGUAUACCAUGGCCGAGCACUGGGUGAGUUCAAGAACUACACGCUAGGCCUGGAGCGGCAUUUCGGCAAAUACCCAGACUGGUACCGCAACGAAGAGAACAAAGUGACACGGGCCCUGAAACACGUCUCCCUCCCACUCGAGCACGAAUGGAAGCAAUACAUCCGCACCGAAUCAGCCAACAAGAAUACCUAUCUCGAUUUCUGCACUUUCAUGAUCUCCCAGCUGCAGAAGGGCAUCCGGCCCGAGACGGCCAAGGCCCGGUAUUACGAGAGCUACCAACGGACUGCGCAGUCGGUCACUGAUUUCUCGAACUGGAUGAUGCAGUGGCCUACACACUUUCCGAACAGGGACUCGGAGCGGGAUCGGAUGCGUCAUCUCUUCGAGCAUACUAUGAGACGGGUGCAGAAUGAGUCUGAGAAGACGCAUUUGGAUUUCGAUCACUAUCAUGAGUUUGUGCAGUAUUUGCAGCGUGUGGAGGAUUCGAUUGAGAGUCGUCAGGAGUCGCUUGGUCGUGGGAGGGAUAAUAAUCCCCGGAAGCGAUCGCGGGAUUUGGAUUGA